CUAUGCUAAGUUCCAAUCUUCUGCUAACCCACUACAAUCCGAAACUACCCAUUGUGGUUGCUGCUGACGCUUCAACACAUGGACUGGGUGCCGUAAUCUCACAUGUCUUUCCCGACGGGUCAGAGAAAGCGGUGAUGCACGCUUCGAGAAAAUUAACACCUGCUGAGUUACGCUACGGUCAGAUAGAGAAGGAAGCGUUAGCCCUAAUUUUUGCUGUCCGGCGAUUCCACAAAUUCAUUUAUGGGCGCCGUUUCACCUUGCUCACAGACCACAAACCUUUGUUAUCAAUCUUUGGAUCAAAGAAAGGCAUUCCUGCCCAUUCUGCUAAUCGUCUUCAACGUUGGGCGUUGGCGUUAUUGCGGUACGACUUCGACAUCCAGUAUCGACGUUCCGAAGAUUUUGGUCAAGCGGAUGCACUGUCCAGACUUAUCAGUAACCAUUCUACCACUGAUGAGGACACACUCAUAGCCAUAGUAUCAACCGAAGAGGAUUCUGAUGCUACACUAUUGGCGAACGCCGUUCGAGCAAUGCCUGUUACCGCUGAAGAUGUUCGGGAAGCUACCAGAGAAGACCCGAUUAUCCAAGAAGCGAUCACCUAUGUUCAGAGCAGAUGGCCAGUUAAGCAGCUGAGUGGUGAUAUGCAACAAUUAGCGAAUCGUCGCAGCGCUCUCUGUAUUGUUAACGAUUGUCUGAUGUUCGGUGAUCGCGUAGUAAUUCCAACAACCCUACGUUCCAAAGUCCUACGCCAAUUCCACUCUGGACACCCAGGGAUAAACCGUAUGAAAUCCAUCGCUCGAAGCUAUGCAUAUUGGCCAAAUAUGGACAAGCAGAUUGUCGACUUCGUCAAAAGAUGUUCACAUUGCCAAAAAGCUGCGAAAAAUCCUCCUAAGUUGCCUCCAGUGCCCUGGCCGAAGUCAGAAAAACCCUGGUCGCGAGUGCAUAUUGACUUCACCGGACCCCUAGAUGGUACCACAUAUCUGAUACUGGUUGACUCAUACUCCAAAUGGCCGGAGAUAUUGCCGAUUGCGCCACCCUCUACAACUCGAACCAUCAAACUCCUUAAUCGGAUCUUCGCUCAGCAUGGUCUUCCAGAAACAAUAGUAAGAGACAAUGGUUCACAAUUUACAUCUAGCCAAUUUCGAGAAUUUUGCCUGCAAAAUUCGAUCAACCAUGUUCGUUCUCCGCCAUAUCACCCACAAUCUAAUGGACAAGCUGAAAGGUUCGUUGAUACAUUUAAACGAGCCAUGCUUAAAGCACGAGGGGAGGGGACCACAGAAGAUAUCAUAGAACGAUUCCUAGUUGCGUACCGGACGACCCCGCAUGACUUAUUGCCAAACUCCAAAUCCCCUGCUGAGAUGCUUAUGGGGCGAAAACUACGGACAGUUCAUGGUGCGAUGAAACCCAAGCAAGUGGCCCAGCAAAGCCCCCAGAGGAAGAAUACUCGAAUUCCCUACGAAGUUGGUACGAAAGUGUAUGCGCGAGAUUAUAGACAUGGAUGUGAUAAAUGGGUAGAGGGUGAAAUCACACAAAAACAUGGGACGUCAUGUAUGAUGUCAAGGUGAGCCAAGAAAUCUGGACCAGGCACCACAAUCAACUCAGGUCAAGGAAAGCGAAGGAGAAAGAAGCAAUUACAAAACACGUCCCACUCGACUUGCUGUUGGACACGUUUCAACUUCCGCCAAUACCUCCAACAGAGACGACUAAGUCAUCUACUCAAGUAGAACAUCCUUCUGGUUCUGUGUGGUUGCCUCGGAGGUCGGAUCGCAAAUGAAGACACCCAAAGAAACUUCAAGUAAACCCCCGGUUACGUCGCUAUUAACUUUUCCAAAGGGGAGGUGUUGGGAUACUCAGAAAAAAAUCCCAGAAACAAUUAUCCGGUUAAGUCUAACGCUACCCUUGAACGUUAAAUGGUGUCAUUUCCCUAUUGGUCGUUUCCCUACUGAUCAAUAUUUAUUUCGCGUGUCAUUUUCCUAUUGGUCAAUGUUAUUCAACGUGUCAUCUUUCUGUUGGUCAAUAUUUAUAGUAAUCCUAACUGUAUAAAUAUGCAUUUGUUUGUAAAUCAUCAUUCCGCUGCUCCUGACCCCAUAAA